UAAAAUCUCCGAAACUCUAUCAAACCAACCAUUUCUUCUUGUAGAAUGACCAUCGGUUGAAUCGUCGUGCAUCCUAUGCCACGUAGAUGCUGUUUCUCCUUUCGCCCAUUAAAUUUACGGCCUUGUUAAGUUCACCCUUCUCCCCAUCCGCUAAUCUCCUCCUCUUUCGGCUCUUCAACUCUUCUACUGCUGCCUCUCCAUGGUUUCCACUCCUCCGUGCCGCCGCCAUCUCAGGCGACCCCCACCUCCUCCUCCGCUCUCACGCUACCAUCGUCACCUCCGGUGCCGGCUCCGACCGGUUCCUCUCAAACAAUCUCAUCACAGCUUACUCACGUUGCGGGUCUCUCACAUUCGCCCGUCAACUAUUCGACAGAAUGCUGCACCGGGAUUCCGUCACCUGGAACUCCCUUAUUUCUGCAUACGCACUCCACGGCCUGACCUCCGAUGGUAUAGCUGUCUUCAAUCUCAUGCUUUGCUCGAGUGUGCCGCCUACUCAUCUAACCCUUACUCCCCUCCUUAAGCUUUGCUCGGGUUCACGGGACCUGCUCCCUAUAUUGCAGUCCAUUCAUGGUUAUUCUGCUAGGAUUGGCUUGGACUCGGAUGCGCUGGUUUCAAGCGCUUUGGUCGGUUCUUAUUCCAAAGUUGGAUUUUUGGAUUAUGCCCGUUAUCUGUUCGAUAGAAUGGCAGAUAGAGAUGUUGUGCUCUGGAAUGUGAUGAUUAAGGGGUAUGCUCAAAUGGGCUUAGCAAAAGAUUCAUUUUCUUUGUUUGCCAAGCUACAUGGGAGCUGUGAUCUUCGUCCAGAUGCCAUCAGUGUCCACUGCACCCUGAUGGGCAUGGUGUCCGGCAAUAGGUUUGAGCAAGUGCAGGCUUAUGGGAUUAAAUCCUCCCUUUUUGAUGAAAAGUAUGAUGUAAUAGCAUGGAAUAAGAUCAUGUCUGACUACGCCAAGGCUGGCAAUGAUGGUGCAGUGUAUUGCUUUUUAGAGAUGAAGAGGCGUGAUGUGAAAUAUGAUCAUGUAUCACUUGUUAUUGUUCUAAGUUCCAUUACAUUACAAGAGUCUUCUGAUGUUGGUGGACAGAUUCAUGCUUUGGCAAUAAAGUCUGGAUUUUGUUUGGAUGUCUCUGUUAUGAAUAAUCUUGUCAAUAUGUACUCCAAGAUGGGCAAUUUUAAAUAUGCUAUGAAAGUGUUUGAUGAGAUCGAUGAUUUGGAUUUAAUUUCAUGGAAUUCAUUGAUCUCUGGUGCUGCACAGAAUUGUUUGUCAGAAAUAUCAGUCGAGAUCUUCAUGGAUAUGUCUAAGUGUGGCAUUCUUGCUGAUCCGUUUACUUUGGCAAGUAUUUUACAGGCAAGCGUAGCAUUAACCCAAGCCUCAUCUUUACAUGAACAGAUUCAUGCCCUUGCAAUCAGAAUGUGUCUGCUUGAUGAUAUAUUUGUAUUGACGGCUUUAAUUGAUGCUUAUGCAAAGAAGGGAUUUGUGGUAGAGGCAGAGUCCAUUUUCAAUGACAUGGACUGCUUUGAUUUAACUUCCUUCAAUGCUCUUCUUACUGGUUAUAUAACAAACAAUGCCAGUCACAAAGCCUUGCAUCUUCUCUCUUCCUCACAUAAAAGUGGCGAGAGAUCCGAUCAUUUCACUUUAGCUACCAUCCUGAAGGCUUGUAGCAGUUUAGUUUAUGUAGAAUGCGGCAAACAAGUUCAUUCCUAUUCAAUAAAGCUUGGUUUUGACUCCGACUUGUGUUUAAGUAGCGGGUUAGUGGAUAUGUAUGUCAAGUGUGGCAAUGUUAAAGAUGCUUCUGCCGUUUUUGAAGACAUAUCUGGACCUGAUAAUGUUGCUUGGACAGCAAUAAUUUCUGGCUGUGUGGAGAAUGGUGAUGAGGACCAAGCUCUUCAGUUUUAUCUUCUGAUGAGGCGGUCUAGGGCACUGCCUGAUGAAUUCACCGUGGCCUCGUUAUUCAAAGCUUGUUCUUGCCUGUCUGUUAUGGGUCUGGGAAAACAAAUCCAUUCGGAUGCAAUCAAAUUAAACUGUGCAUGUGAUUCUUUUGUUAGCACUUCCGUCUUGGACAUGUAUGCAAAGUGUGGUAAUAUAGAUGACUGUUUUCUUUUAUUUAACAGGAUGAACUCAAAAAGUACAGCUACAUGGAAUGCCAUGAUAUUGGGUUUUGCUCAGCAUGGAGAAGGAAAUGCUGCCCUCAACCUUUUCAAAAGAAUGGAGUUGGAUGGAAUAAAACCUGAUAAAAUUACCUUCAUUGGCGCCAUUUCUGCUUGCAGCCAUGCAGGCCUGGUUUCAGAGGCAUAUAACUAUUUCAAAACAAUGAGCAGAGAUUAUGGCAUCAAGCCAGAAGUAGAGCACUAUUCUUGUUUAGUAGAUGUGCUUGGGCGAGCUGGGCUGCUCAUUGAAGCAGAAGAAGUCAUCAAGAAAAUGCCUUUUGAACCUUCAGCAUCUAUGCUGAGGGCUUUGCUUGGUGCCUGCAGAAUCAGGGGCAACAAAGAAAUAGGACAACGGGUGGCUACGAAUCUACUGGAAUUGGACCCAAGUGACGCUUCUGCUUAUGUUCUUCUAUCCAAUCUGUAUGCUUCUGCCAACCAAUGGGAUGAAGUGAAUGCUGCAAGGAAUAACAUGAAGAGAAGAAAUGUGAAGAAGGACCCUGGAUAUAGUUGGAUUGAGGAGAAACAAAAAGUGCAUUUAUUCGUAGUUGAUGAUAGAUCCCACCCCGAAGCAGCUGCUAUAUAUGAUGAACUUGAGGAUUUGAUGCAAAGGAUAAAGGAUGAGGGUUAUGUUCCUGAUACUGAGUUUGUGCUUUUGGAUGUUGAAGAAGAGGAAAAAGAACGCUCCCUUUAUUAUCACAGCGAGAAGUUGGCAAUUGCUUAUGGUCUCAUCAGCACGCCCCCACCACUGACAAUUCGUGUAAUAAAGAAUCUUCGUGUCUGUGGUGACUGCCAUAAUGCCAUCAAGUAUAUGUCAAAAGUUACUGGGCGGGAGAUUGUAUUGAGGGAUGCAAAUCGCUUCCAUUGUUUUCGAGGUGGGGUGUGUACAUGUGGUGAUUAUUGGUAGUGACAACCGACCCUUUUUCUUUUUGGAUAUAUAAAGU